GUGACUUCCGGUGCGGCCCAUGUCCGCGGCCGGCUGGGCGCCGCCGCCGGGACGGAUCCCCGCCCGCCGGGAGGCCCGCCUGGAGGAGGAGGAGCAGGAGCAGGAGCAGGAGCAGGAGCAGGCCGCCCCCUCCCAGGUCAGCGACUCCCCGGACUCCGUCGUCGACAUCGAGACCCGGCUGAGAAUGGACGGGGUGGAACUGAAGGAAGAGUGGCAAGAUGAAGACUUCCCCAAGCCGCUACCAGAAGACGACGGUAUCGACGCAGAUACACUGAGUGCAACUGGACAAGGGAGCCAGCCUGUUCCUUGUCCCUUAGAAGUUAAUGGAAAUAAAGUGAGGAAAAAAUUAAUGGCUCCGGAUAUUAGCUUAACACUGGAUCACAGUGAUGGUUCCAUUUUGUCAGAUGACUUGGAUGAGAGCGGGGAGAUUGACUUGGCUGGUUUGGAUACUCCAUCUGAGAACAGUAAUGAGUUUGAAUGGGAAGACGACCUUCCUAAGCCCAAAACUACUGAAGUAAUCAGGAAAGGAUCAAUCGGUGAAUAUACCGCAACGGAGGAAAAAGAAGAUGGAAGACGCUGGCGGAUGUUCAGGAUCGGAGAUCAGGAUCACAGAGUUGACAUGAAGGCCAUCGAGCCUUACAAAAAAGUUAUCAGCCAUGGAGGUUAUUAUGGAGAUGGUUUAAAUGCCAUUGUGGUGUUUGCUGUUUGUUUUAUGCCUGAAAGUGGUCAGCCUAAUUAUCGCUAUCUGAUGGACAAUCUCUUUAAAUACGUCAUUGGCACUUUGGAACUGUUAGUAGCCGAGAAUUAUAUGAUAGUUUAUUUAAACGGAGCUACUUCGCGGAGAAAAAUGCCGAGUCUGGGUUGGCUCCGGAAAUGCUAUCAGCAGAUUGACAGAAGGCUAAGGAAAAACCUGAAAUCUUUAAUCAUAGUUCAUCCUUCUUGGUUUAUCAGAACACUCCUAGCAAUCACGAGACCUUUUAUUAGCUCAAAAUUCAGCCAAAAAAUUAGAUACGUCUUUAACCUGGCAGAACUAGCUGAACUUGUCCCCAUGGAAUAUGUUGGCAUACCAGAAUGCAUAAAACAGUAUGAAGAGGAAAAGUGUAGAAAGAAACGCAAAAGCAGAGUUGACCGAGAUCUUCACGGAAAACAGGAAGAGCCGAAGAGCGAGCAGUAGGCUUGGAGUCCAAAGAAAAGACUGAAGAAUGUGCAGAUGGAAUAAUGCCCUUUUGUAUUUACAGUGCAUUUAUUAGCCCCUAUUUUUGUGUAACUUUUUUUCUCCUCCCCCCCCCCCCCCCCCCCCCAUGGACUUUUAUACAAAGAACUGUUUACUGCUGUCUCUUGGAUUUAACUCUUUAAUAGCUACUUAACUAUUGUAUUGUAAUCGUUUUAUAUAUUGCUAAAUGUCAAAGAACCACACUUUUUUUUUAUAUGAGGCACUCUUGCAGUUGUUAUCUAAAUGAUGCAUGUUCUUCAGUAAAAUAUUUAUAUGCAGAAAUGGUAAAGGAAAGAGAUAAUAUAUAUUUUUAUGACUUUUUGAGCAAUAUUUUAUUAUGUUCGGCACCUGCGUGGCGGAUGAAUUAUGUAGGUGAACGAGGCCAUGUAAAUGACAGAAGUCAUUCUUUUGUAAAAAAAAAAAACAAAACAAAAUGCACAGUGGAAUAUUUCUUUGUGUUAGUGGUUUAAACACAUUUCUUGUUUUUGAAUAUUGAGAGCCACGUAGCCUCGUUGUCACAGGCACACACGCGUAUCCUUUAGGUGUCUAAUACCGCGAGACUGCUUUGUUCUGCCACGUUGAGGCUUUCCCUUCUAUUUCUAAUGGGAAAAAGGAAUCCUCAUAAUCAUACAGAUUUCCCUUUUUUUUUUUUUUUUUUAAGAUAAAUCAAAGCCAUUUUAGGAAUUUGGUCUUUGAAAGAUAUGGGGAAUUGGGGUGCGUACGUGUAAGGCGAUCCCUUCGCCUUUUGACCACAGAUCAGAACUCGAGGUUGUCGUCUGUUACCGAAUAGUCGCCGUUCAGCUUUCUCACCGACGCCAACAGAGCUCUCAGAUGGGUGUAAAAAUUCAGAAGAUGAGGUGAGUCGUGCAAUGUGAGAAUCCCUUUAUUAAAAAGCCGGGGUUUCUGUUUUCCGUGCCCGGCAUGGGGUGUCUUCUGUAAACGUUCAUUUCCCCGUUACUGUGGGUAGAAGCGGUUGAAGUUUAGUAAUCGACAAAGUGUAGUUGUGUGUCGGUGUUCACGUUCGACACUAAAAAACGAGGUGCAUUGCAAAACAUCUGUGCUGCUUUGGAGGAACCGUCUGAUGAUGGGUAAAUGGGCUUAACUGGGGUUAUCUCUGCUAGGAUAAAUAGUAGGUGUGGGUGAAUACGUUCGGAAAAAGUCAAAUGUGGCCGUUCAGUUCUUGAGUAACAGAAAGGGGAUGUGCCGAUCAAGUCCUGAACUUAAAAUUCAAUUCAGCAAACCACUUUACCUGCUCUAAAGGGUAUUUCGUAAAGGUCGGUUUUCCAACCUCUCAUCUCCUCUGUGCCCUGGUUCAGAUCUGAAACUGUAAUAUCUUUCUUAUUAUUAAAUGUUUGCAAGCUGCCAAGAUGUCCAUGUUUUGAAUGACACGACUUGCGUCCGCAGAUAGUGACCAGAUGCUAGCGACCUACCGCGUCCUGGAGAAAAUCCGGAGCUGCCUCAGUAGUCUUAAGUAGGCCGUCCCUCAAACUUGUCUCUUUUAAGGAUGGAAUUCAGACCUCCUAAUGAUACUUCACUUCGAUUGCAGGGCAGGAAGAUUCAUGUAGGCAGGCUGUGUCAAGUCACAAAGUCGUAGACCUCUCUCAAGCACCACAAAGGUUGGAAAGUUUUCCUAGGAAACCAGUCCGUUUCUUUAAGCCUCAGUAUCCCAAGACUAAGAGUUGCGUCCUCCAAAGUGAAAUAUAAAUAUGGCAUUUUGUCCUUAGCUCCUGGUCUCCGCGUUUAUCAGGCUGUCACCGAAUCGACCGCAGACGGUCUUUCUGUCCGAGUGACGUGAGAUAGGUGCCUGGCUCUCUUUAGCUGUGUGUCGGGUCCUUUCGUGCUCUCUGCCUUUGGUCUCCUGCGGGAUUUUGGGCCUGAUUUCAGUGUGGUCCUGCUUUUCAUUCCGAAUUAGUUCCGUUCUGAUGCGAAGGACAAGUCUGCCGCUGCUCGACAGCCUAGGAGGUGUGUCUCAGGUCCACAAACCUGGGACAACGAGAAGGGGAGGCAGCAGCUCCUUUUGGAGGCCCGCUUUUGACGCGGAUGUCACUGGGCCCCGCGUGGCUCUAGAGUUAAAAGACGCGCAGAACGGUCACUGUCCAGUCUUUCCGCUUCAAAUUCAUUCCUGCACGGAAGGUGACAGGAUUACACAUCCGGUUCGUUUUCCGGCGGUACCCUCUGAUUCCGAAAAUUAGGCGGUGGACCGACGAUUGGUGUGAGGGAAUAUUUUUCUCCAGCCCUUAAGUCAUCUUCUGCAAAACCGGAGCGCCCCGGCUAGACGUUCCACUCUAUUUAUGGAACGAGUAUGUGUCGCGGUGGGAGAGUUUGAGCUUGGGUGGAGGUGAGGCGAACCUCAAGGGUCCCUGUCAGCUCAGUAGCUCACCAGCAGUGAGAAUUUGAUGCUAAGUAAGGCAAGUUGGGUUCCCCGUAGUGGGUGGGAAGAUAAGGGAGUGGCUUCUAGAGAAAUGGAAGUAUAAACAAACCCUGCUGUAUUCAUUCACCCUGUUUCCUGCAGGAACGGAAAACGGUCUCCCUCACUCUCCUCUUGCCUUCCUGUCCUGCCGACUUGUACGUAGUGCCUUUUUCACCAGUUCCAUACGACGUAGAUCUCUCAGACCUUUGAUCCCCUCUCCGCACCCCAAAUUGCACACGUUCCGUCGAGGUAGCACCUAAUCGAGGCUACUCGGUAGUGAAUCUUGAUCCCAGAAGAUCAGUCAUCGAGGCGGAGAGGUUGUCGGGCCAGCCAGGUACAUUAUCAGAGCCUCCGCGUUGUCUUGCCUCCUUGCACGUAGGCCAGAAUUGGAUCCCAGAUCUAAAACGUGGAACCUGAACCAAGCGGAGCAUCAAAAGCAGUCAGUCACCUUGAAUUUUCUCAGCUCGUUCUUACGGGGAAGUAAAAGCACAUUUGCAAUUUAGGUUGACACAUUCUUCUGGAUAACUUCAGUUAGAAGUAGGAAGCAGCGCAGGAAAUGGGAUAUUUAGUGAAUUAUUUUCCCCAGUGACUAUGCCUGCCGCUCUGAAUAUUUUAAAAUCCGGCCUUGGAGCUGGUCUCAUAAGUUCCAAAGAUACUUUGCUUAAAAUGACUUGGAUAUUCUUCUUGGGACCGGUAGUGGAAUUGUACCCGUGGUAAGUGAAUUGACUUUGAGUCUAAAAAAAUUCCAUUUCUAUCACGGGGUUAAAGCCAAAGGCCACAUAGGCAUCGCUCGGUUUAACGUCGCUCGCAUGUUGCUCCCUAGAACCAAGAUGAGCGUUUAAGAGAAAUCCCACCAUUUUGUAUUAAGAGAAAUCCAGCCGGUUGCAAUACGAGCACGUGAACGAACUUCGGUUUUCAAUCGGAUGGGCCACUGGGUCUUCCGAUUUAUUUGCCAGGAAAUGUCUGGGGCAACCUAUUUCUUAGCCUUUUUGGUUUUUGUUGCUUUUGGGGUUUUGUAUUUUUGUCCUGGCAUGUCAGGAGCAGAGUGGUUUGUGUUCUGGUCUCUUGCACUUCAUGCUAUCGUUACUGUUUGAACCUGAACCUUAAAUAAAUGAAUUGCAAAUCGUA